ACAGGACGCCCCACCCAAAUAUCUCUCGCCUUCCACAGCUUCUCCUCCUCACCUUUGCUCAGGCCGCCAACGAGGACGAGCUAUGGCGAGCAAGGUGGUCUCCAUCCUGGUGCUCGCAUUCCUGCUCCUCGCCGCCGUCGCCGUCCCCGUGUCUGCAGGUCCGCGGCAGCGGGGGAAGAACGGCGGUGGCGGCGCCGGCGGCGGUGGUGGGAGCCCAAGUGGUGGCGGCAACCUGAAGCCCUGGGAGUGCUCGCCCAAGUGCGCGUCGCGGUGCUCGCAGACGCAGUACAAGAAGGCCUGCCUCACCUUCUGCAACAAGUGCUGCGCCACGUGCCUCUGCGUGCCGCCGGGCUUCUACGGCAACAAGGGCGCCUGCCCCUGCUACAACAACUGGAAGACCAAGGAAGGAGGGCCCAAGUGCCCCUAGAGCUAGAUCCACACACUCCCGGCCGCCAUUGCUGCCCUUUAAUUUCUUCGGAUCUGGAAAUGCAUUGUUCUUCUAUCCACCCAAAAUCGCUGAAUGUGGAAUGCUACCAGCCAGAUCUGCGUGCUCCAUAGCGAGCUAAUCAGGGAGAGUGAGGAUUCCUAGGUAGGGUGGCAUGCCAUGCCAUGUGAAUCCUGAAUCCCCUUCCCUAAAGCAGUAUAGUGCUCCACUGGUACGAGUCUCAUCAGUCAACUAAACAUUACCCCCGGAUUGACGGACAUCCCACGCGAUUAGCGGGGCCUGUCACUCAGACCUGAUAGCCAUUGCUAGUAUUGGCAGUCUUUGUAUGCGGUACCAGUCCUAAUGCACCAGCAUUAUUUUGUUCCGGUGGUUGUGUUUCACUGUGUUCUUUUGUUAAAGAGUUUUUGAGUGUGCAAGCGCGGCAAA